AUGUCAGGAAAUCAACUGAAAUAUAACAGGGUUUACAUUAAAAACCUUUCGUAUUAUGCUCAAGAAAGUGAUUUAGAAGAAUUAUUUAAAAAUCAUGAACCGUAAGUAUCAUCAAUUGUCAAUUUAAAUUUACAAUUACUAACGUUUUUCUGCGUCAAUGUUUUAAUUCCAAGUUACACUGUUCGUCUUACAAGGUCAGGUAGACAUAAACCAUUAGGCAUUGCAUAUGCAGAUUUUAAAACUUCAGAACAAGUUGAAUCAGUAAUUCAAGAAUUUGAUGGUUUUAAUUUCAAAAGUAGAAAACUCAGUGUUAAAAAACAUCAAGCUUAUAAUCCAAACCGUGGUAGAUUCUUUGGAUUAUUAGGUGGUAAAAAUGACCAAAAGAAAGAAACAGAAUCAGAAGAAGAGGAUGAAACACAAGAUUUAGCUGCUGUUGAACCAGAACAACCACGACAAGAAAGAGUUCCUGAAACUAAGAAAGAUUUACGUACAAAGGCUAAAGAAUUAUUUCCACACAUUCCAGAAGAACCAGAAGAAGUUUCAGAAGAUACAUUAUUCAUUGCAAAAGCUCAUGGUAAAGUCACUGAUGCAACAAUUAGAGAAUUUUUAAAAGAAUAUAAUCCAAGUGAAAUUUAUAUUUUUAAAAAUAAAUCAAUUCCAAAAUUAGGUCCAAUUAACCUUUCAAGUUCUUAUGUAUCUGUUUUAGCAAAAGUUGAUGCUUCAGAUGUUCAAUUAAAUGAUAUCAUUGAAAAUUUAAAAACUCAAAAAUUAAAUGGUAAAAAUGUUGAAUUAAGACCAGCUUCAAAAUCAAGUUUAGAUAUUGAAAAAGCAAAAUCAAAACCAUCAAUUGAAAUUGAAAGAGAAGGUGUUAAAUCAAGAGGAAAAUCAAGAGAAAGUUCAAGAGGGGUUGAAACAUCAAUUGAUACUAAUCAAGCUGUAUCAGAUCAAGUUGAAAAUUAA